AUGCGAGACGAUGAAGACCAGAAAAUAAAUGCUAAGCUUCAUGAUGGAGUGUGUCAGCAUUGCAAAGGUAUCUUGGAGUGGCGGGUAAAGUUUAGCAAGUACAAACUACUAUCAAAACCUAAGAAAUGUGUGAAGUGCCUCCAGAAGACUGUAAAAGAUCCUUACCAUAUUAUUUGUCGUCCAUGUGCUGGUAAACUAGGAGUUUGUGCUAAGUGUGGAAAAGAAGAAGAAAUAGUAAUUCCGAUUGAUAAAGGGCAAGAUGCAAAUGAGAAUGUGACUAGUGAAAAUGGCCAAGAGAACAGUGGAUUGGAGGAUGAGCUUGAUUUUGAUACAAACUUCAGUAGUACAGACAGCAAUGAAGAUUCUGAUGUGCUUGAAGAACGAUUUAAAAGUAUGAAUUUUGAAAAGACAGAGAUCUAA